AUGUCAUCCGAAGAAUUAAAAAUAAUCGACGCCUCGAUCAUCUCCGGCGAAGAGUGGUUCACCCAAGUGUUCAAAACCAAACUGGACGAAAUGAUGGCAUCCGCACCGAAAGAUUUUGAAGUCAAAGAAGAUACCGGCGCCGAGGGUGGGUUCUUUAAAUCCGGCGAAGAUUUCGUCGACAAGGAGAAGUUGAAGAAGGAACACUUCGCGAAACAACGAUUGGCAAUUCUGAACGAAUGCCACGAACUGCUCAAGGUGGAAAUGAGGGAGAUUUUGAUUUCGAAAACGGAACGCAAACGCGUCGCGAAAGAAUUGAUCGAGAAUUUGAGAAAGGACGCGGAGAAGGAAGUCGCGAACGCGGUUGCGAUUGCAAACGCGGAAAGAACGAAGGUUGCGGCACAAAUCGCGGAGAAGAAGGCGAAGGCUGAAGCCGAGGCGAAGAAGCAAGCGGCGAAGGAAGCGGCGGAAGCGGCGGCGAAGGAGGAGAAGGCGAAGAAGGAAGCCGAGGAGGCGGCAGGAGUACAGGUGGAGCUCGAGAAGAAAGCGACGUUGACCAAGCAAAAGAGCAUGGCGCCAGAGGCUUCGGAAAAGGAUAAGGCGGAAGCGACGGCGGCGGAAGAGGCGGCGAAGAAGGCCAAGGAGGAGGAAGCCGCCGCCGCGAAGAAAGCCGAGGAGGAAGCCAAGGCGAAAGCGGCAGCAGAGAAGGCGGCGAAAGAAGCCGAGGAAGCCGCCGCAAAAGCGGAAGCCGAAGAAAAAGCGGCGGAAGCGGCGAAACAAGCCGCUUUGGAGAAGCAAAAAGCGGCCGAGGAGGCGGAGAAAGAACGCAUCGCCGCGGCGAAAGCUGAGGAGGAACGGUUGGCCAAGAUUGCCGCGGAAGAAGAAGCAAAGAAGGCGGCAGAAAAGGCGGAAAUGGAGAAAUUACGCGCAGAAGCGCAAAAGAUCGCCGACGAAGCCGCGAAGAAGGCGGAAGAGGAAGAAAAGGCGGCGGCGAAGGCGGCGAAAGAAGCCGAGGAGAAGGUUGCCAAAGCCAAGAAGGCGGCGGAAGAGUUGGAAGCGGCGAAAGCGUCCGCGCAGUUGACCAAACAAAAGUCCGCAGCUGCGAAUGCGUCGCCCAAGGAGGUAAAAGAAGCGGAGAAGGCGACCGAGGAAGUCGAAAAGAAGGAAGCUGCCUUGAAGAGAGCCGAAUCCGAAAAGAAAGAGGCGGAGGACAAGUACUCGGAGUACAAGGACAAGGCGAUGGAAGCGGCGAACCAAGCCAAGGCGAAAGCGUUGGAGGCGAAGGACUUCGCGGCGAAGAAAGGCAAGGAAGCCUACGAAGCCGCACAAAAGAAGGCGCAGGAAUUGUCCAAGAUUGCGCAAGAGAAAGGGUGCUGCAUCAUCCAAUAA